UAUAUAUCUUUCUAUCUAUCUUGUGGAACCAACCUCGGAACGCUUCUUCUGUCUUCUUUGCUCACCAAAUCAUCAUCAUCAUCUUCUUCUUCCAUAAUAAGACACAAUAAUAUUUACCCCUCUUUCUGAAAACUCUGUCUGUUUAUCCAUUUUCCCAAAGUUUGCUAAUUUUUUCUUCAAUUCUCUCUUCGAUAAAAGUUUUCCAAUUACCUCUUUUGGCUCUGGAAAUGGCUAAUUGGAGAAAACAACAAGGGGUCACUCAUCAUCAUCAUCAACUGGGUCACUGGCGAUCCUCAUCAUCUUGUUAUAACGGAAAACCACCUUUCGAUUAUAGGCAUCCAACAGUGCCUUUGUGGGAAAAGAAGUUUUGUGCUACAAUUGGUUCAGUUCCAUGGGGAAAGCUAUUAGAAGGCAAGAGGUAUAUGUAUCUGCAUGACAAUGUGAUAAAGUGGGAUGACUCUGCUGUCAAGGAGGCAUUUGACAAUGCAAAAAACAGGUUUUGGGCUGAGAUUAACGGCUUUCCCUUCGACAUACCAUUGCCUGAUCCCAACAUGUACCUCGACGAUGUAGAUUGGGACGCAAGUGUUGACCCCGAGCUUUUUCUUGACUUGGAAAGAGAGGCACAGGUCUCCAGCUCGGAAGAAAAAGGCGAAGAGGUUGUGAUUCUCGGUAGUUCUCUCAUCUUGAACCAGUCUUAUUCGGGUCCCGGAUGGGGACCUACUGGAUGGGGGGACGAAGAAGAAAAAGAAGAAGUCACAAAGCCUUAUGAACCAAAUUAUGCGGCCGAUGGAUGGGAAUCGAACCAACAUGAAAAUAAUGAAACAAACUCUUGGGAAAAGUAUUUUGCUCCUCCUGUUGAACCAGCAAAAGAAUACGGAUGGCAAAAUAGUCGGAACGAUUAUCGGGGAUGGAAUGAGUGGGAGCAAUAUGGCGGUGGCUUGCACAACAAGUUUCAAGAAAGAAAUGGUGGGAAUGGAAAUUGGGGAACAUGGGAUGGAUAUAACGGAAGGCGAGAAAACAUGUCAUGGUCUAAGACACCUGAAUAUCAUAAUGGUAACGAGUAUCGGAUGAAUAGAGGAAGAAGAAGAAAUAAUAAUAGAGGAGGAGGAGGAAGAAGGGGAAAUUUUGCUUAUGUGGACAAAGUAGCUACUCCUAGUGCAAGGUAAAUGAAGACCAAAUGCCUUGGACUGCAAGAAAGGAUUCCUAUGAAGCUGCUAAAGGGUCUCAGUUUUGUGAAAGUAGCUGAGGAUAUAAGUUUUGUUAUAUAGGUGGUAAUAUAAUGUGAUAUUACAUCAUAAGAAUUAUGGCUUUUUCAAUUUUGUUAUAUUCAUCACAUGGCUUUAUUGUCUAUUGGUGCUUAUAUAGAUGAAAUAUGCCUGCAGUAAUGAGAGGUUUGGGUAUAUUAUAUAGAUGGAAUAUGAGAAGAGCAAUUGCAUUUUAAAUGAAGCUAAAUUGUUUCAUUCUUGUGUCCUUGAUGAUCUUUGUUCCUUGAUGCAUUCAAUUGAAGUGAAAUUGUUUCA